CAAAAAAAAAGUUGUGGAACAAAUUAAAAACGCAAUAAUAGAAUCACCACAGCAAAUUCAACAGAACUAUAGAGACCUAUAGUUCGGAAUCGAAACGAAAGCAAUUAACCGUGUUCAACGUAGAGUACAGAUCGUGAAAGUGGGUGUAUCUGUUGGGAAAAGUGAGACACCCCUUUGUGUUUUGUUUUUUUUUCGUUAUAAAUUUUGUUUGUUGCUUGGAUUGGAUUACGAUUUGAUGGUAAGGGAGGGGACUAGCGACAGGGGAGCUCCCAAGUGAUUUUCCAUAAUAAGCUUCGAGUGGACGGGAAAUUCCAAUCGGCAGGGCGAACAUGUCACCAAUAGCGUCGUCACUGGUUUUCUACGCUCUUCUGCAGACAGUUACCUGUUUCACCGUCAUCAUCACCGCUCCCGACCAGGCCCUCAUCGGAUCCACCAUCAAUGUGUCCGCCCAGCUCUUCGAUGGCGAUGAACCGGCUGCUGAUGGAAAAUCCUACAAGUUCACCUGGACCGACAGUGCUGGCCAUAGAGAGGUGAUUGAAACUAAAAACGCCACCAGCAAUUGGACCGUGGUCUACACGCAGGACAAGCCGUCCACGCAUGUGAUUAGGGUCGAAGUGGAGAAGUAUGUCGUCUUCUGGUUUACGGAGGCCAAGGGUCAGAAGGAAAUCAAGCUGGACAACUUGCUGGUGGGCAGAUUGGAACUGAUUCAGAACAAUGUGACGCGGCCCCAUGAGUUUGUGUCCACGCAGGAGGCGGUGAAUCACAGCAUAUUGCUUUCCGAUGCGGACCUAUCAUUUCUGCGAGCGAAGGGCUAUCACAUUCAGACGUAUUGGUUUCAAAACUGUACAUAUCUUGGCAUGUCCAGUGCCCUGGACUAUCUGGCCUCAUAUCCGAAAGCUGAGCAAUACUAUGAUAUGGAGGCCUUAGUGGUGGCUUCGCUGGAGAUUCCGCCAGAGCCAACGCCCUCAACUACGACCACCACCACCACAACAACCACAACCACGACAACAACAACCACAACUACAACUCCGGCCACUACGACAACUUCAACAACACCUGCCACAACGACCACUCCAAAAACCACAACGACGCCCGCGACUACGACCACUUCCACCACCACUCCAAAGCCACCAGCACGAGCCAAACGUGAUCUAAUCCAGGCCAUGCACGCAAACGCUGCUAUGUUGGGCCUGAACCUAACCAGCGCCCUUAAGCAGCAGAAGGACUCCGCUGGCAAUGUGUCCGUGGCGCUUGUCAAUCCGCUGGGAGUAAGAAGGCUAUCCAAGCUCAUAUUGGUCCCCGGCAAUCAGCCGCCUUUCGAUUGCGUGAACAAAAAGUACGUGGCCCAGGAUCCGAAUCAGAUAUACGGCUACUUCCAGACACGCAUUGUGUCCAAGGAUCCCAUCACCAGUUUCGGCACCACGGGCAAGAAUUGGCUGCAACACUGGGAAAUGCUUAAGCUGAAUGUGAACUGCAAGGGAUCGCCGCCGUUUGAGCUAUGCACUAAGGUUUACACAGCUCCUUACAACUCCACGGGAAAUGAGACUUGUAUUCGGUAUGACCCAAUCGAGAAUUGUUCUUAUGAGUUCAAGCGUUACUUCGGUGAAAGCAAGACCAUUCUGUUCUUUAUACGCAAUAAGGUCUCCCAAACCCUAAAUCAGGUCACCAUAAACAUGUAUGAAGCCCAGCGUCAGUCUCAACUUUCUGUCGUGGUUGUGCCCGUGACAUGCACAUUGGUGGCCGUAAUUCUAGUCGUUUUCGGCGUGGCCUAUUAUAUACAGCGGGGAAAUCGCUUCAAUGUUGAGGUGGCCGACUUUAACUUCGGCGAUACUCAGUCGGUGGACAUGGAGUACAAGACAUUCCCGCAGCGCUUAAUCGAUAGCAUUCGCGAUGUCUGGACGUGGCCGGGUCAGCGGCGUCACUCGCAGUCCAGCGCAGAUCUCAUGGCGGACCAGGAUCAGCCGCCCAGUCCGGGCUUUGGAGGCAAUGUGGGCGAUGUAGAUAGUAACCUGCGCUACAACACUUUCAACUAGAUCCUCGAGCGGUUCGGUUGGAACGUGGUUAACCUAUGCAAAUUAUUCAAUUUAAUUUAAUUUCGGCGCCUAAGUUAUGAAGAUCUGUUCCCAGCUCCCUUCAAAUUUGUUUAAAUCGUAAUUGAUCUGUGAAUUUUGGUUUAAAAUUCAAGUCAGUUUCCACAAAUUUUGAUCGGACUCGAAAUGGGGAUCAGGUGUGAUAGUUAUUUGUUAUUAUUUGUAUGUGCACACUCAUGUGCUUUAGUCAUUUUCUUGUUGUACACCGGCACUUAUGGGUUACCCCACUUGUACAUGAAUAGAGAUGAUAGAAUCUUUUUUACGUUUCCAUAUACUUUAUAUCCGCCUAUGUUACCCAUUGCAAUCAUCUCUAUCCAACAUUACGCACACACUUGCUCAUCAAUGGCCAAAUGUCGAGUAACAAGCAACCAUUCAAAUCGCAAUAUCGGGUGUGCAGCAGGGUUCGGGAACGCAACUGCAGAUCCCUUCGGAUAUUGUUAAAGACUGUCUUUGUUCUAAAAGCAAAAAGAAAUGUGGUUAAAUUUACACUUAACUUAUGCGUGAGUUGUUUGUGAAGAGUUAAAUGCUAGCAUAAGUCAAUUCGAUUGUUUCCAUUGUAUCGUGAUCCAAAUUCUCUGACAAAGACAAGCGCAUCUCACACUAAAACACACGCGACACAAAUAUUCAUUGUGAUAGAUAUAGAACAAACAGUAUGUACGUUUAACUAAAACGAAAAGUUUAAAGAAAACCCAUAUACUUAUAAA